AUGGUAUACUAUUCGUUGACGGAUGCUCCUCAGAACCUCAAGGAGGGUAUUGACUGGUUGGUGGCCUUGAAAGGCGAUGAUGCUGAAAAGAACUUAAAGGCUAUGGGUGAGGCGGUUCACAAGUUCCUCAUCAACAAACCUGUCGGCAAGGUGGAGCUGCCAGGCCUCGAAGAAGUUAAGCGUAUUACUAAGGAGUUCCUGGAGAAACCGGAGCUUAAGGAUCUGCCGUACGUAAAUGACAUUCUUGGGAAGUUCGAAGGUCACAUUAACAAGGAACCCAGUUUGUUCGCCAAGAUUUUCUAUGUCGACGAAUGCGACUACAGAAACAUCUUGAGGGCCCGCAGAAUAAAGCCUGAAGACAUUGCGCAGGAUGUAACUGAAGUGGUGGAGAGCUGUGAGCAGUUGAUGGAAGGCAUGAAAGUACCUGACGAGUAUGAGUCUGCUUACAAUUACAGGGCGACCUGGGAUUCAUCGUGCUCGUACAACCCUGAAGCGUGCGCAAAGGUCUUUGUCGGAAUUGCGCCUAUGUUGUUCGUAGGUAUUGGCGCUAUGUUGGAUGCGAGGUACGCUGAUCUGCCAAACGAAGCAGAGGGUGCUGCUAAGGUUUUGCAAGCCAUGGGUUUCGUUGAGCCGCAGUGCCGCGCUGGCAUCGAUGCGUCAAAGGCACUUAACGAGUUGAGGGGUGUCGAGCUUAACGUAUUGGACACUCUCUACGACCUCUCUGGAUUCUGGGCUUUCUACUAA